AUGUCUCAAAGUCAGCUUUUGGGCAAAUCUGGUGAUUUGAAGAAUGCGGAGGGUACUAGGAAGAGGUUGAAGAUAUCGGUUCCCCACUUUGACAACACUGAGCUUAUCAAACAGUAUGAUAAGACCAUCAUUGGCAGAUGUAUGAAUCCGGAAGCGCAGGACGUGAAGGCUCUUAUUGUGAUGCUUCCCAAGAUAUGGAAGGUGGAGGACCGUGUUGCGGGCACUGAUCUGGGGCUGGGAAAGUUUCAGUUCGAUUUCGUGGAGGAGGAAGAUAUUGAGACAGUUCUCAAGUCUCAGCCUUUCCAUUUUGACUAUUGGAUGGUUGCGUUAGCCCGAUGGCAGCCAAAAAUGCCACGGGAUUUCCCAGCUGCAAUUCCGUUCUGGAUCAAAAUCUUGGGGGUUCCUUUGGAGUUCUGGGAUGCUCCAACUUUUCAGAGCAUUGGUGAUGCGCUAGGAGAAACUGUGGAGGUCGAUCUUGACUAUGGCAGAAUCAAGGUGAUAAUUGACACUAGGAAGGAGUUGAGCUUCGAUACAACAGUGGACUUUAUUGGAGGGGAGUUUCACGAAGGGGAUGAAGCGUUUAUUUCAUUGAACUAUGAAAAGCUGUUUGGUUUUUGUGAGACAUGUCUUAGUCUCUCUCACAGCGUGGACUACUGUCCGCUUACUGUGAAGAGUCCUCAGAAGAAGAAGGAGGUUCGCGAGCUACCGAUCAGUAGACAAGAAGAUCGUGCUAGGAGCUACAAGGGUGUGGUGAUCAAUGGAGAUGGGGGACAGCAUGGCAAGGGAAGGGAAUAUCGCGAGUAUCUCGGUAAGGGUAAGGGGAAGAUGUACGAGGAGCAUGAGACAAAAUGGGUUGGGUAA